AUGCUACUUAACCAACGGUUUUUAAAACCGGAUUUCAUACAGUCAAAUCUUAAUAUCCGAACCAUACUAAUUGAACGAGAUCAAGCUUUAUUACGUCUAUUUCCUAAUAAAAAAUUAUCUGUUAUUUAUCCGUCAAAACUUUAUCCAUCCAUUUUACCCGAAGGUGAAACUGUCAAAGACCAAAGUCAAUUAUUUUCCGAUGUGCAGUCAACAACAUUAAAUCUUUCAAAGAUAAAAGCUACCUCGUCGUUUGGAAAUAUGAAGAAUUCCAAAUCAGAACAGUUACUUGUUGUCUCAGGAGAAAUUGUCCCUAACACAGAAGUCGCCAUUGUUUCCAAAACCGCUUCUAAGCCAUCGACUGAGAAAAGUGUGAAAGGUCUCAAUAAAACUGAAGCUGUUCCAUCAUUAUUAUCUACACCUCUUUCUCCUAAUACUCCUACUUCUAUCAUUAGUAGUAAACCAUCAAAUUUAGCUUUUAAUUUGACAAGAAAUUAA